AUGUCUGUGCCACCCCUGAUACGAUGCCACGGAGUGCGAUCCCCGCACGCCAAGGCCAUCAAUGGCAUCUACGAGUACAUGGGCGCCCACAGCGGCCGGCCCUGCUAUAGACAGACAGGUGUCUCCAGCGGCAACUUUGUUUGGUAUUGCCAGGAUGCCCUGGAAGGAGCCAUGUGGGUCGUCACCCACCAAGAGGCGCGACCAGGAGAAGCGCCCGAGAGCGCCGUGGCAAGAGCUCCACACCUUGGGAGAUGGCCCUGGGAGGUGGAGGGCUGGCAGGUUUGCAGCCGGAACGAUGUCUUCUUGGACCAGCCUAAGAUGGGCUUCAGCCUGGUUCUGCCGGCGGCAGAGCUCAUCGUUCAGGCCCCGGCCAUGGACGCCUCGCCCUCGGCCUGUGGCUUCCGCCGCGCCGGCUUCGUCCACGGCAAGGUGGCCUUCCGCAGGACGGGAGACUCUUGUGAUCCCGGCAUCACGAGCCUUUGGCUCUUCUGGAUGCCCAAGCAGGGCCGAUGGCUUCUGGCCAACGUGAAGCCUGGGGGCACCGGCGUUCAGAGCGUCGUGGCGAGGAGCCUCCCGGACGAUGGCUCCACCUGGGCCUCGCUUUGGCCCUGGGAGGUGGAGGCGGAGGGCUGGGAGGCACCUACUGCAGAUACCAUUGGGCUGGAAGAUGCCGACGCCAUUUGGGUGCCCAACAGGGAUAUUGCUGUACGCCUGGCUAGCCCAGGAAUUGUCAUUGGCAGCGUGGAGGAUUGGGGCGCGCCGCCCAAGGUGAUUUGUGGCUUCUACGAGCCGCGAGGUAUGGCCAAUAGCCGGGUCUACUACGUCAUGGUGCCGGAGGACAUUUCCUUGGAGACCAGCACAGGGCCGAUGUGCCUUUGGUUCGCCGAGGAGUCGGGAGAUGAAUUGAAGCCGGAGGCGGCGAUACUCUCCGGCAUGUCAGCGGUGGCUGCCACCUUGGGCAAACGCCUGGCCGGCCGGUGCUUUGCCAACCCGCGAACUUCGUUGUUGACCUCCUCGGCCCGAUCGGCGGCGCAGAUCCCGAGAAGGAUCGAUGUCCUCUCUGGUCACCUGGGCGCCUCUCCGGCCGCGCGGCCGGUCACCGAGCGUAGGUCACGGGCGGCCAUGGUGGCCGCGGCCACCGCCGCGGGCAUGGCCGGGGGCGUCUUAGUGGCAGAGCAAUCCCCGAAGUCGGGGUCGGAGUCGGGGCUGAGCUUCGAGCAGAUCGGCAAGCUCCCGCGGCCAGGGUUUCAGACCAUCGGCGCUGCGACCUUUCUGCCCGAUGGGUCCCACGUGCUCUUCCUGAAGAGCUCAGAGUACGGCAGCCUCUCGCGGCAGCUCUAUGCCAUGGAGGUGUCCUCCGGCAAGACCUUCCCGCUGGCCUGCACGCCCCCGGGCACCGGGGAGGAGAAGGAACUAACCCUCGAGGAGAAGCUGCGGAGAGAGCGGGCGCGGAUGAUGAACACCGGGGUCACAUCUUUCAAGGUGGCCGGCAGCGGCCACGGCCGGGUGCUGGUGCCCAUGGCAGGGGCGCUGUAUCUGCGCGAGGGCAUCAAGGACCAGGAGCUGCGUCGGAUCUUCGACCCCGCGGAAGCCUUGGGAUCUGGGCCCAUCAUCGACCCACAGAUCUCCGAGGACGGUUCCCUGGUGUGCUUCGUGUUCAAGGACGAGGUCUACUGCGUCCCGGCAGACGGCUCGGCUAAACCCCGGCAGCUGACGACUGGGGCGCGGGGCUGCGGCAAGACCCACGGCCUCGCGGACUUUUUGGCGCAGGAGGAGUUGGAUAGGUACGAGGGCUUUUGGAUCUCCCCGGACGGCGGGAUGGUGGCCUACGAAGAGGUCACCGAGGCCCACAUCCCUCAGUUCCGCAUCAUGCACUCUGGCUCAGACUCCGUGGGCGACAGCUCCCAGGAGGACCACCGGUAUCCCUUCGCGGGUGAGAAGAACCCUGUGGUGAAGCUGUGCGUGGUGUCGGCGAAAAGUAACGCGGACGCGGCCGCGGGCGCGGCACCGGCGGUGACCUGCUUUGACCUGACCAAGUCCUUCGGCGAGGACCUGUACUUGGCGCGGGUGCAGUGGAUGCCGGAUGGCUCCAUCAUUGCGCAGGUGCUGAACCGAGAGCAGACGCAGCUGGCGGUGCUGAAGCUGGACCCACAGAAGGGCUCGGUGGAGACCUUGUUCACGGAGAAGACCCAGGUGUGGGUGAAUGUGCACAACAUGCUGAAGCCUUUGGACAAGGGCCGCUUCCUCUGGGCCAGCGAGCGCAGCGGCUUCCGGCACCUCUACAUCUACGAGCCCAAGGAUGGCUCGCUGACGCCAGUGACCAGCGGCAACUGGGAAGUUGAGGAGGUGGUGGCAGUGGAUGAAGCCAAGGGCCAGGUGUAUUUUAUGGGCACCUCGCAGGACAACUGGCUGGGCCGGCAGCUGUUCCGUGCCAGCCUGACCGGUGGCAAGCAGCAGAAGGUGUUUCAGAUCACCAAGGAGCAUGGCAUGCACAGCGUAGUCGUGGACAAGCAGUGCAAGUUCUUCGUGGACACCUCCAGCGCCAUGGACCGCCCCGCCUCCGCCAAGCUGCGGAGCCUGGCCGACGGCAAGGAGGUCACCCCCAUCGACACCAACAAAGAUCCCCUCCUGGAGACGCUGAAGCUUCAGCCCCCGGAGCUCUUUACGCUGCCCUCCAGCGAUGGCAAGGUCACGCUGCAGGCGGCGGUGUACAAGCCGGACAAGGCUCGCUUCGGGCCCGGGCCCUACCCCACGGUGGUGAGCUGCUACGGGGGUCCCCACGUGCAGCUGGUGAGCGACAGCUGGGGCAUGACAGCGGACCUGCGAGCGCAGGCCCUCAGGAGAAAGGGGUACUUGGUCGUGAAGUGUGACAACCGAGGCAGUUUCCGCCGGGGCCUGGAGUUCGAGGGCGCGCUGAAGUUCGACAUGGGGAAUCUGGAAGUGGAAGACCAGGCGGCAGCAGUGCGGUGGUGCGCGAAGCAGGGCUUGACAGAUCCCAAGCGCGUAGCAAUCUACGGCUGGAGCUACGGCGGCUAUCUGAGCGCCAUGUGUCUCGCCAAGGCCAGCGACGUUUUCAAAUGUGCCGUGGCUGGGGCACCAGUGACCAGCUGGGAUGGCUACGAUACCUGCUACACAGAGCGGUACAUGGGCACUCCACAGAGCAACGAGAAAGGCUACAAGAGCAGCUCAGUGAUGGAUCAUGUUGGCACCAUGAAGGGCGACCUUCUCUUGGUGCACGGCUUGAUCGAUGAGAAUGUGCACUUCCGCCAUACCGCCCGGCUCAUCAAUGCCCUCAUUGCGGCCCAGAAGCCGUACCAGCUACUGCUGUUUCCCAACGCCGCUCGUGAACAAGUCGGAUGCACGGGCCGGACACUGGAAAAGCGUCCCGUUCAAGUGGUCAUUUGUUUGGGUGGGGGGGCAAGAAUACCUUUCGGUGGAAUCGGACAACCACAAACACUGCACUGCAGGAAAUCUCCACAUUGA